GGCAGGUAAGCGAGCAGACGGACGGAAAAACAAAGUUUCUUCAGGGACUGCGAUGCCUGUCGCCGUGGGGUUUUCCCCAGACAGCACUCGUCUUUCCGCCGCCUGAUUGUGAGAUACCUGAGGCAGAGCCCUCCUGCAUUCAGUCGCCCGGUGCCACUCACAAAGUGUUCGUCGUUCGGCUCUCUCACGCAACAGCCGGAACCAAGAUGCGGCUCACGUGGUGGGCUGCCACCGUGCUCGUGGUGCAAUGUGCACUCUUAGUAGGUGUAUCUUAUGCCCAGCCCGGCAGAGGCAGGGGAAACCAAAGAGGUAGUCAACGGCGGGGAGGAAGGCCUAACCAGCAACGGCCUGCUAAUCAAGUUUCCGCCCGACAGGGAAGUCGUGACUGUACGACGGCCGGUGGCGCACCAGGACGGUGCGAACCCAUCAGUCACUGUGUCUUCCAAUUCGACGCCAUCGACCUUUUGUCACAGAGUCUUUGUGGCACGGGUCUGCACGUUUGUUGCCCAUUGCAGACGCCGGCUGCCACCGGUCAAAUUCCAUUCGGCCGUCCGAUAACGCCCAUCGCCCCUCGAGUGACGGUGCCAAACCUGUCGAAGAAUGAUCUGGACAUUGCUGGAAGGGCAAGUUUAUCGGUGUUGAGGGGAAUUGCAGAUACAGAGCGAAGCUUGCUAAAUGACGGAUUCUUCGCAAAGCGCAGCACCACAGCCUCCCUGCACGCCGCAUUUUUUGGAUCAAAGCCCAUCGUGCAGCGCUUGGGCAGAGAUGGACUGAUUGGUUUGGAGGCCACAAGGCAAAUUGCAGAAAGAUUCAACUUGAAUGCAACCCAAGGACGCGAUGGCCUCCAAAAAUUCAACAUCCAGAACACGGUUAUUGCCGAUGCCUGUCCCCCAGUUCCACGUUGUCCAUCUACUAAAUAUCGAUCAGCCGACGGGCGAUGCAACAACCUCCGCAAUCCAGAAUGGGGAAAAUCGCUGGAGGCUUUCGACCGCUUCAUGCCGCCUGACUAUGCCGAUGGUUUGACGUUGCCUCGAGUUAGCAGCGAUGGAACCCCUCUUCCAAAUCCUCGGCUGGUGUCGGUGAUGGCCGAUCCGGACUCCGACAUCCCCAACCAAAGGAACACACUCAUGCUCAUGCAGGUUGCUCAGUUUGUCGACCACGACCUCACCCUUACUGGCGGUGCGCGAUUCCUCAACGGAUCCGCCAUUACUUGCUGCGAUGAAGAGUUCACCACAAACCCAACAAGGAGGCACCCCGCUUGCAUGCCUAUAGAUGUUGAUCCCAACGACCGCUUCUAUUCACAGUUUGGAAAGACGUGCAUUGAAUUCGUGCGAUCCGUUGCUGCACCUAGACCAAAGUGCACACUCGGACCCCGGGAGCAACUGAACCAGCUUACGGCUUACAUGGAUGCCUCCAACAUUUACGGGUCCACCGAAGAAGAAGCGAAGGCACUCAGGAGCUUCAGGGACGGUCGUCUGGCAUCGACGUUCUUAAACCGCGUAGAGUUCCUGCCACGACAAACUGACAGCACUCAGGAGUGUAAUGAGCAGGGCACCGAUUUUAUCUGCUUCAGGGCAGGUGACGAGCGAGUGAACGAGCAACUCAGUCUAACGGCCAUGCACACCCUCUGGCUCAGGGAACACAACCGCAUCGCUGCCGAACUGCACCGGCUCAACCCUGGAUGGAAAGACGAGAUUCUUUACCAGGAGACGAGGAGAAUCGUAGCGGCAGAAUUCCAACAUAUUGUUUUCAAUGAGUUCUUGCCUGUGCUCUUAGGCCGUAAGGUGAUGGAACAAUUCGACCUCUUGCUCACCCCCUAUGGCUAUAGUCACAGCUACGACCCAACCUUGAAUGCUGGCAUAGGAAAUGUCUUCGCAGCCGCUGCAUACAGAUAUGGUCACACGCUUGUCCAAGGCAAUAUCGAGCUCAUCGAUGAAGACGGUUCGGUUACGAAGCGAAUCCCGCUAGCUACGCAGUUCUUCAAUCCGGCCGAAAUCUACGCUCCUGGUAACCUGGAUCGAUUCUACCGGGGCCUCAUAACGCAGCCCGCUCAGACGUACGACAGGUUUGUCACCGAACAGCUCACCAACCACUUGUACGAGCCUCUUGGGCAGGGUUUCGGCAUGGACCUUGUGGCACUCAACAUUCAACGUAGCCGCGAUCACGGCAUUCCUGGUUACAACGUCUGGCGAGAAUAUUGCGGAUUGCCCAAGAUUACGGACUUUGCUCAACUGGCCGAGAUCAUGACUCCGGAGGCUGCUAGAGCAUUCAGCCAGGUUUACAAGCAUCCCGACGACAUCGACCUCUUCCCUGCCGGCGUUAACGAGCGCUCCCUCCCUGGAGCAACGCUUAGCCCCAUCUUUGCUUGCAUCGUGGCAGAGCAGUUCAGGAGAAUGAAGAAUGGUGACAGGUUCUGGUACGAAAAUGGCGGCCUCGAGUCCUCCUUCAACGAAGUCCAGAUCGAGGAGAUCCGGAAGACAAGCCUUGCCCGAAUCGUCUGUGACAACACCAACCUCCGCUAUGUCCAACCCCUCGUGCUCGUCCAGGAAGCACAGUGGAACCCCAAGGUUGACUGCAACGGUGAAGACAUCCCCCGGGUCAACUUUGAUAACUGGCAAAACGAGCCGGUAUGGACGUGACAUACCUUCACGUGCUAUCUUCAACAAAUAAACAAAGAGGUGUUUUAUUCGUUUGCUACUUACAAGCAGAAAACCUUCCUCUUUUGUUGUGACUGUUUAAUGUCAUAUAAAUAAAUCACUGAGUUGUUUUUAUG